CAACACACUUACAGCAGCGUACAUCAGGUGGCAACAUAAUCGGCACAAAUUGGCACUCUCCAACUCUAUCGUCAUCACCGGCCAAAGCACAGCAAAUAAGGCUACAGCAACUACAAAUGGAAAGAGAGAGACUUAAACAAAGACAGCAAGAGAUUAGGCGGCAGCAGGAAAUCAUGAUGCGCAGUUCCAGCGAUCUACCAGUAAUGGAUCCGUUUUUAUCCAGUUUGACUGAUCACUCGAGGCAGGAGUCAGGAGAUAGUGGACUUGGUAUGGGAACCACAUACUCAAUGCCCCACACACCCGAAGACUUUCUAGCAAAUAUGGACGAUAACAUGGACGUAGGUAGUGAAAGCCAUACGAUGGACACCCCCGACAUAUCUACGUUAAGUGAUAACAUCGACUCGACAGAUGACUUAGUGCCUACCCUCCAACUCGGCGAAGAGGAAUUUCCGAUGUUAGAUGUGCAAUCCCUGAUAAAUCCGCCAACUACAAGACCUGAUAACGUACUCAUCUGGUUGUAAUUUAAGUGCCUCAAAUCUGCUCACGUCUUUCUAAAAUUUAUAUAUAUAUAUAUAUAUAUAUAU